AAGGAUCUACUGCUGCAUCCACUUCUCAACACUGAAAACAAUACGAAGCUGCCGACGUUGAUUUAUUUAUUUUUAUUAUAUAUUAUUAUAUUUUUUAAGUUUUUUAGUUUUUUUAGUUUCAUUUUGUAUGAAGCUGAUUCCAGUCCUAUCAUUACACUCCGUCAGUUCCGUUUCAUUUGUGGACCAAUGACUGCACAGAGGCUUUUCAGUUUAAUUAUAUUGGAUCAUGUGUCACACAGACUUUGUACUUUGAUUAUUACACAGAAACUCAGUCUGAAUGUGCUGUGCUGUCUGAGGGUUAGUGUUAGUACAUUUUUACUGAUCCACUGAGUAGUCAUAUUUCCGAUGACACGUGAACUACUCUUACGCUGUUAAACGGAACUGAGUUGGCUGAGACUAUGAUCUGUACCAGCGACGAUGUUCUCCUCCUGGUUUGGAUAAAGACUCACCUCCUCCAGAUCUCAGUGAGAUGGUCUCCUCAGCUCAUGAAAACAAUCAACCUUCCUUUCAAAAUGACUUCCAGAGGAAAACCUUUGACAGCUGCAUCUCUGUUGAUACUUUUGAUGAAAGUCUUCAGUGGAAGCAGUCUGACCUGUCAUCCAGCAGAGUAUCAGACAGGGAAUGAAUGCUGUCCCAUGUGUCCACCUGGAAGUCGUGUUAAAACAGAUUGCACAGAGUUCAGAAGUACGUCCUGUCUGCCUUGCUUAGAGGGAACCUACAUGAAUCAACCUACUGGACUUAAAAACUGUUUUCCCUGCACAAACUGUAACACAGGCUCUGGUCUGAAGAUAAAGACUUCAUGUACAUCAACAUCAGAUACAGUUUGUGAACCACUGGAAGGAUUCUACUGUAUGGACGUCAAAGACAAAGGCUGUGAGGCAGCACAGAGACACAGACACUGUGAACCAGGACAAUACAUCAGUAAAAAAGGAACAGCCUCCACAGACACUGAGUGCUCUGACUGCCCUGAUGGAACAUUUUCAGAUGGGACAUUUACAUCUUGUCAGCUACACACACAAUGUGAAUCAAUAAACCUUCAGCUGAUCAGACCAGGAACUGCUACAACUGAUGCUCAAUGUGGAGAACACAGUUUAAACACGACAGUGACUGUGAUCAGCGUUGUAGUGCCUUUGUUAUUAAUAGCAGCUGUAGUCAUAUUCAUAAAGAGAAAAUGGCUGACAGGCCAUUUCAGCAAAAAGAAUGAGAACAGUCCCCCAGAGGAGAUUAAUGGAGGAGAAACCGGUGUAAUGAUGCCAAUGCCAACAGCAGCAGAGAUGGAUUCAUCCAGAGGGAGCUCCGAGUAGAGCUGCUCAUCUUUCACAUUGAAAGGAACCAGUUGAGGUGGUUCAGACAUCUGAUCAGGACGACUCUCUGCUGCCUUCCUUUGGAGAUUUUCCAGCCACGUCCAACUGGUAGGAGACCCCGAGGUAGACCCAGAACUUUCUGGAUGGAUUACAGAUCCCAUCAGGACUGGGAACGUCUCAGGAGGAGCUGGGAAACCUUGCUGGGGUGAGGGACGUCUGAUAAACCCUGCCUAACCUGUGGCACUGCUACCUGACCCCAGAUCAGCAGAAGAGGAUGAGGACAGUGUCUUUUACUGCAGCAUGAUGGGACAUCAGCUGCCAUCAGAGGACCAGUGAGGAACAUUAUAAUAAUCCUUCACAGUGGACAUUUUAAUUUGGGAAGGAUGAUGAACACAGUAUAUUUACUCACACUUGAGUUCAAGUUGUGUUUGUGAGUUAUGAAAUAUCAGUAACAAUAUGUUGUAUGAAUGCUGCAGGCUGACUGUCAGGUGUAAAUCAACUGGAAUCUAAUGAUCCCUGUAGAUGAUUCAAACAUUAAUAUGUUAAUAAUGUUCCAGUGUUUGUGCUGCACAGGUCCUUUGGACAAUUCUGUUGAAAUGACAGGAGCAACAGCUGAGAGUUAAACUGCAGCUUUCUAAAUGUGAGUUCACUGGUGAGGAACACGAUACAACAACAUGUCAUUUAAAGGUUUUAGUAGAGAAGGAGGUGUUGGAUGCUGAGGACAGAUGAGUGGAUGUGUAGGGCCGUAGUGAAGGAUGUCAUCUGUUAGACUGGUCUGGGAGGACGUACUGAAGAGCAGGUGGAGACAGACUGACUGUGGGGGUUCCAUCAUGACGUGACUCCACUCUGAUCACAGGAACUCAGUCGUGGGAGAAGAACGCAGCAGAAUAGGGAGGGAUGAGGGAAGGAGGGAUAAUGUGUAGAUUUGACAGGUGUUAGAGGUGGAGUUGAGGCGUGGCUCUGCUCCUUAAGGUAACUAGUUAAAUUCAUUUAGAGUGAAGGGUCCUGGGAGGUAUGACACAGCUGUAAGUUGUUUUCUGUUUGAAAUAGUGAUGUGUAGUUUGAAACAGUGUAGUCUAACUCUGGGACAUUUCCUGCAGACAUGUUGGAUUAAAACAAAAUGAGUCCUGGUCAAUGUUAAUUGGCUUCAACAUAAUCCACAGUGGAAGUGAAGGUUUAAAUAAUCAACUCAGCACAGACAGAAGAUGGACUUGUGUAAUAAUGGACUGGAGAUCAAAUUCAAAUGAAUACAAAGUAGAUGGAUGUGUGGAAUGUAUUAAAUUAGUGACCAAUCAGAAAGAAGACAGGUGUUUGUUUCAUCAGGUUCAUGAAAAGACAAAGACUUCUAUCAGUCUGAUGAAGCUCUGAGCAAAACACACAGCUGAUGUCAGUGCUAUCAAAGAACAUUUGUUUUUAUGGGCUGAAUGUGUUGAAUGUACUGAAUGUGCUUUAUUUUUCAUGUUGCAGUUUCUUGUUCCUCCAGCUCUGCUCAUGCUGUAAAUGAAGCUUUUUCUCUUUUUAACUAAGUAAUAUACUGUAUGUUUCUUUACUCUGUGUCCUUCUGUAAACUCCAUGUACAGUUUUAUAUAAACAAGUGUAUUUUUGUAUCAUAUUUUACUAUAAAAGUGAGACAGUCUUUAGUCAAGAA